AUGCUGCGUCAACGGAAAAGUUGUUCCGAUGGACAUAUUCUCAUGGAUUCAGUUUUUGAACAGAUAAAAGAAGAUAUUAACUUGCUGGAGCAAGACUUUAAUGCAAGUCAAUCUAAUGUCGCUGAUGGUGAACCUCUUUUCACCAAAAAACUGCUCAACACCCUGUGGUCAGAGGGCAAAGAAAAAAAAAUCUUACUUGCCCAGAUAAUUUCCAUGUACUGGAAGAUGCUGAAAAAUUCAACCAAUAUCACACAUGUCAGAAACAUAGUAGAUGCACUGGAAUUCUAUAAAACAAAAUACAAUGAGAGCUUGAAGAAGGCAACUGAUAUAAUUGAGUUGGCAAAGCUUCCGAUGAGUGAUUUCAGACUCCAGCGUAAGGCAAUAGUUGAACUGUACCCAGUUUUACAGGAAGUGAACAAAGAAGAGAACCAAAGAAAGAGGAGAAGCAAGAAACUCAGUCUCCAACGCCUGCAGCGACUUCAACAAAACUAUAGAGGCUAG